GUCCCGGUAUCAUCCCAAGGGCAUUACACAACAGCAUUAAACAAUUAGGGCCACACAGUGAUAUCUGUGUAAAUCUUCAGAAACUUACAAUACUAAAACCACUGGAAUAGUCCGAAAGUUCUGAGCAAUUCACAAAUGAGCGCACCUGGCUAUGCCCGUUCCUCUGGGAUUUACCAACUGGACCUGAGAAACCACAACAAUAAUACUGAGAACGUGAGACGCAAAGUCCAAACGUUGUGUUCCGUGUUGAGGUGAGUGAAGUUCUCCAUGCUGGUUCAGGAGUCUGCUGGUUGAAGGGUAACUUUUCCUGAACCAGGAUGGUGGGGGUCUGUGAUGAUAGAUGCCGCUUUCUUGUGCGGUGAUGGUGGGAGAGGAUUGAAUGGGCUCUUCCGUAUCGUGACCUUUUGACUUUUUGAGCAUGUGAUUGAUUUAAUUCCGCUUUUGACUUUGACUUUGGAUCUCGAGUUCUGGAGGGGUGGUGCCAGAGGCCGGAAGUGCGGAACGGUUGUUCGAACUCCCCUGAGCAAGGAGUCAGUGUGGGCAUGAGGCUGCAGGAAUUCAGCUGUCAUGAAUUAAAAACUUCCUCGGAACAGCUCUGAACUUGUGUCGAUAUUUUCAUAAUGGAUACUCUCCGGCCGCACGCAUUUGUACUGCUGCUGUGCGUCUCCGCGGCUCUUUCGGCUGCCCCCAUCAACCAGCGACCCGUAAUCGGUAUUCUGGCUCAGCAAAUGCCUAAUAAAUUUGCAGACUAUGGCGGUAGCUACAUUGCAGCGUCGUAUGUGAAAUACUUGGAAUCUGCUGGAGCAAGAGUUGUACCCAUUAGCACUAAACUAAGUGAAGCUGAAUACCAGAAACUAUUUUAUUCUCUAAAUGGGGUGCUUUUUCCAGGUGGUGGUGUAAACCUUCGGACAUCACAAUAUGCCAAGAUUGCAUCUUUGUUUUAUGAUCUUGCAAUACAGGCCAAUAAUCAUGGGACCUAUUUCCCAAUCUUGGGGGUUUGCCUUGGAUUUGAAGAGCUGACUGUCCUUACCAGUGGACAAAAUCUUCUGGUUGCUACAAACACCAAGAAUGUGUCUCUUCCUUUGAAAUUCAGCAAAGAUGCAGCAACCAGUCGGAUGUUUAAGAACGUUCCUGAAGAUUUGAUGAAAGCAUUGGCUGUAGAACCUUUAACUGCAAAUUUCCACAUGUGGAGUCUUUCUGUAAAGAAAUUUCAAAUGAAUAAAGAUUUGAAAAACUUCUACAAGAUCUUGACCACUAAUAGAGACAGCCAACAGAUUGAAUUUAUAUCUACAAUGGAAGCACACAACUAUCCUAUUUAUGGAGUUCAGUGGCAUCCAGAGAAAAACCCUUAUGAGUGGAAUCCAAAAAUCAGCAUCCCACAUUCCAGCAAUGCUGUGAAACUAACAUGGUACAUGGCUGACUUUUUUGUUAGUGAAGCUCGGAAGAAUUGGCAUCAUUUUCCUAAUGAAAAAGAAGAGGAGAAGGCUUUGAUCUAUAACUAUGCACCAAUUUAUGCUGGCAACGUCUCCCACUUUGAACAGAUUUAUGUAAUUGAUAAACCCCACUUCACUUAAGAAGUGGGCUUUGGAAAGAAAUCAUCUUUGUGCCAAGAUGUGAAGAACCAUUUGAAAUUGUACGGCUUCCCAACCAUGAGGAACUCAGAAAAUGUCUUUUAAAUGUAUGUAAUCACUUGAUUCUAAUAGUUCUAAUAUAAAAAUGGUUAUGUUAACUUUGUGGCCUAUAGAAAAUAAUGUAUAAUUCUGUGGACGCUGAUACUGUCAGGAUAAAGUUAAUGGAUACUUUGAGAUUUUUUUGCUUUUUGCUCACUUUUCCUGACUAACCUGGAUCAUCCGGUGGGUAAAGCUACAGGUUUGGCUAUAGAAGUUAAUAUUGGCAAAAGCACGUCAUCGCUGCUUCAUUGUACUAUCGGUGCUGGUUUCUGUGUUUCUGAAAUAACAAAAUCCACGAGGAGUACAUUUACUAUCUUGAGGGUGAAGUUCCUCCAAUUCCUACUUUUAGCAAAUCACACUAAAUUUAAAACCAGAUUCUCAAUUUUGUACUUGUAUAGAUUCUAAAAGAAUUUGAACUGAAUAGCAUAUCUGAAUACAAUAGACAGUAGGUGCAGGAGUAGGCCAUUCGGCCCUUCUAGCCAGCACCCCCAUUCACUGUGAUCAUGGCUGAUCUUACACAGUCAGUACCCCGUUCCUGCCCUCUCCCCAUAUCCUUUGACCCCGCUAUCUAUAAGAGCUCUAUCUAACUCUCUCUUGAAUGCAUCCAGAGACUUGGCCUCCACUGCCUUCUGGGGCAGAGCAUUCCACAUAUCCACCACUCACAUUAUGGCUUUCCCAUCCAGAAUGUUUUGACAAAAAAAUAAAUUGAUAUCCUUAGUGUUCCCUAGACAAUGAACAUCAGAAAAUCUCGCAAGUUCAGCCCACAGUUGAUUAGAGAAUCACAUUUAAUACCUACAUGACGGCAUUUUGAUGUGAAUCUCUCCUGUUGAAUUCUGAAAUGCUAAAGAAAACAAUUUAUCCUGUGUCGUCUUUGGGCAAAGGAUAAAUUUUAAAGUUCUAAGUAAAUUUAAUAUCGAAGUACCUGUACUUAUAUGACACCAUAUACAAUCCUGAGGUUCAUUUUCUUCAGAUUCAGAUUCAGAUACAGUUUAUUGUCAUUUAGAAACCACAAAUGCAAUGCAGUUAAAAAAUGAGACAACGUUCCCCCAGAAUGAUAUCACAAAAGUAUAUGACAAAACAGACUACACCAGAAAAUCCACGUAACGUUUGGCAAUCCCCAAUCCAGAGUCUGGAGAUGCUGCUGCGUAUUAAUAUCGCGCUACCGUCUAGCGCGUUCCCCGGAAAGGAGCUCCAAAUCCACCAGACAAACAAGACCAAAAACUAAAGCUACAAGACCUGCACAAAACCACAUAAUUACAACAUAUAGUUACAACAGUGCAAACACUAGCAUAAUUGAUAAAAAAAAAACAGACUAUGGGCACAGUAAAAAUAGUCCAAGAUGUUAAAGGACUAAUUUAUUGCGGGCAUUCACAGUAAAUACAAGGAAUCAUUGAAAGACAGCACCCAGCAGGAGGAAAAAAAACACCAGUUUGUAAAAGACAUCAAAUGAUGCAAAUACAAAAAGAUAAUAAUAAAAUAAGCAAUGAAUAGUGAGAGCAUGAGAUGAAGAGUCCAUAAGUGAGUACCUCGAUUGUGGGGACAGCUCUGUGAUGGAGUGUGAAAUUACCCCCUCUGGUUCAAGAGCCUGAUGGUUCAGGGGUAAUAACUGUUCCUGAACCUGGUGGUGUGGGUGUUGAGCCUCCUGUACCUUUUUCCUGAUAGCAACGAGAAGAGAGCAUGGCCUGGGUGGUGGGAGUCCUUGAUGAUGGAUGCUGCUUUCCUGCGACAGUGCUCCAAGUAGAUAUGCUCUGUGAUGGGGAGGGCUUUACCCGUGAUGGACUGGGCUGUAUGCACUACUUAGUCAUCUUUUAUAGAGGUUUGCAGGUGAAUUAUAUGUAUGCCAAUUCACUAAAAUUCAUUUACUUAAUUAUAAGCUAAACAUACCUUUACCACAAAUCCCAUUUCAAUGCAAAAUGCUAUGACCUUCCACAUUCUUAGUGGGUUGCACGUGCAAAAUGGCUAAAUCUAUCAUUACAUUUUCCAGGCUUCUAUGAAGGCUAAAAUUAACUGAAUUACAUUUGUAAAUUUGAAUUUCUGUUUUUAUUGUAAUCGAAGGGUGUGAGAUUGUUUUGCAAAGGAAGUGUGGAAAGGAGAAACAAAAUCAUACAGCUUCUACAAUUGCCUCCCUGGUCACCUGUCAUACACUUAACCCUAUCAGCCCAAUCUCCAAAGCUUUUGUUCAGGAAGUACUGCAUUGUUUUGUUUUGUUGCGAAACCAGGUAAGGUGAUGUGCAGAAUUUUUUAAUAUAUUGACUGGAAGAAUAGGAUCAGCCCAUGAUUGAAUGGCGGAGCAGACUCGAUGGGCCAAAUGAGCUACUUCUCCUAUAUCUUAUGGUCUUAUUAUCAUAAGCUUAAACAGUUAAAAGGAUACAAAUAAACUUGUAUUCCAGUAUUUGAUGUAAGUUUUUGGUCUUUGUGGAAAGUAAGUGAGUAAAUGUCUUUGCUAAUUGUAUUGUGCAUCAGUAUAAUGAUUUGCUGACUAUCAAAGCACUCUUUAUGCACUGCACAAUACUGCAAAUCUGUUUUCCAGUAAUGCAAGGUGUAAUAAGGCAUUUGGAAAUUGAGUUUGUGUUUUUGAUCUGUGAUAAAGCUCAAUAAAAUUAAACAUUGUAUUUUG